CCGGUUGGUUCUGUCACCCCGGAGCCGAGUUCUGCACCCAUCUCUCCAAUUGCGUUUUAAAAUAUGCAGUAAAAAAAAUCGAGCAACGCCACAUCCUACAAACUGGAGGGGAGGCGGAGAGCAUUGUGUCCCCAAAUGGAUCAUAAACAAGGGAAAGGAGGGGUUCGGAACUUUAUUAUUAAAUACUUCCUCCACGCCAGAAAAACCAGGGCUCAGGCCUCUGUACUGAAGGAAUAGGCUGAACCCCUGGCCCCGGCUCAGUGGUCGCGGGCUGCGGGUCCGGGCUUCCGGUCUCCCGGGCGCCAGAGGGUCAUGGCGGGAAGGGGGAGGGCACGCGCUCCAAGCUUUCCCUCCCCCACCCACGCCCAGGGUCUUCUUCCUUCGGGAUUCGGAGCCGCCUAUCCUCCAGGGCCGACUAGCCGCAGGGCUGCAGGGGGCCAGGACGCCGCGACCUAGCUUAGCGACAGGGCUCUCCCCGGCGACGGCGCCGCAACAAGAUGGCGGACGACAGAAGCAGGGAAGGCACAGAGACAGCAGUAGCAGAAUUUCACAAAAAAAUCAAAGAAGCUUUUGAAGUAUUUGACCAUGAGUCAAAUAAUACAGUGGAUGUGAGAGAGAUCGGAACAAUUAUCAGGUCAUUAGGAUGCUGCCCUAGUGAAGGAGAGCUACAUGAUCUGAUUGCAGAGGUGGAGGAAGAAGAACCCACUGGAUACAUUCGAUUUGAAAAAUUUCUUCCAGUGAUGACUGAAGUACUACUGGAAAGAAGAUAUAGACCAAUUCCGGAAGAUAUCCUUCUUCGAGCUUUUGAGGUGUUAGAUCCAGCUAAACGUGGGUUUCUUUCUAAGGAAGAAUUGAUCAAGUAUAUGACUGAAGAAGGUGAGCCUUUUUCUCAGGAGGAAAUGGAAGAAAUGUUGUCUGCUGCAGUUGAUCCAGAAUCGAAUUCAAUUCAUUUCAAGGACUAUAUAACAAUGAUGGUGAUAGAUGAAAAUUAAACACUCUACAGACUUCAUUUCUAAUUGAAAGAUCA